UCAUCCUAUCCUUCACCCCUGUUCACAGCAGUCGCCACGGGCCCCUUCCGGAUUCCAGGCUGCUUCAAGUUGGAAAAUUUGAACCUGGCUUUUUGAAAUUGAGAUGUUCGCCCUCCCUGAGAAGGAAUCCAGGGCACCUUCCACCUGUCUGGGCCCAGCCUCCACACAGGACCUGGACAGUAACUAUGGGGAUGGUCUGGAAAGAGAAUGCUCUAGAAAACCAGACCAGAAGCUGCUGGAGCUCUAUGGAGUGGGUGAUCCCACCACCAGGUUCUCUUUCAACAGCUCCCACCUGUCCUCUAGAGGAAGAGUCAUUAAAUGGUUCUGGGACUCAGCUGAGGAGGGCUACAGGACCUACCACAUGGACGAGUAUGAUGAGGACAAGAACCCCAGUGGCAUCAUUAACUUGGGCACCAGUGAGAACAAACUCUGCUUUGACCUGCUGUCCAGGCGGCUGAGUCAGAGCGACAUGCUGCGCGUGGAGGCGGCCCUGCUGCAGUACCCUGACUGGAGGGGGCAUCUGUUCCUCCGGGAGGAAGUGGCCAGGUUCCUGUCUUUCUACUGCAAGAGCCCCGCACCCCUCAAACCGGAGAAUGUGGUUGUUCUGAACGGCUGUGCCUCUCUCUUCUCUGCUCUGGCCACGGUGCUGUGUGAGGUGGGGGAGGCCUUCCUGAUCCCUGCCCCUUACUAUGGAGCCAUCACACAGCACGUCUAUCUCUAUGGCAAUGUCCGACUGGUCUGUGUCUAUCUGGACAGUGAGGUCACUGGGCUGGAUGCACACCCCUUCCAGCUCACCGUGGAGAGGCUGGAGGUGGCCCUACAUGGAGCUAAUUCUGAGGGUCUAAAGGUCAAAGGCCUCAUCCUCAUCAACCCCCAGAACCCCCUGGGUGACAUCUACUCCCCCGGAGAGCUACGGGAGUUCCUGGAGUUUGCCAAGAGGCAUGAGCUGCAUGUGCUGGUGGAUGAGGUCUACAUGCUGUCCGUGUUUGAGGAGUCGGUGGGGUACCGCAGUGUCCUCAGCCUGGAAAGGCUGCCUGACCCCCAGAGGACCCACGUGAUGUGGGCGACCAGCAAGGACUUCGGCAUGUCUGGGCUCCGCUUCGGCACGCUGUACACAGAAAACCGGGACGUGGCCACGGCGGUGGCUUCCCUCUGCCGCUAUCACGGCCUCAGUGGCCUGGUCCAGUACCAGAUGGCACAGCUGCUCCGGGAUCGCGACUGGAUCAACCAGGUGUACCUGCCAGAGAACCACGCCCGGCUCAAGGCUGCCCACGCCUAUGUCUCGGGAGAGCUCAGGUCCCUGGGGAUCCCCUUCCUGAGUCGGGGGGCAGGCUUCUUCAUCUGGGUCGACUUGAGGAAGUACCUGCCCGAGGGCACCUUUGAGGAGGAAAUGCGGCUCUGGCGCCGCUUUCUGGACCAGAAGGUGCUGCUGUCCUCUGGCAAGGCCUUCGAGUGUAAAGAGCCCGGCUGGUUCCGCUUGGUCUUCUCAGACAAGGCCCACCGGCUCUGCCUGGGGAUGCAGAGGGUCCGGCAGGUGCUCGAGGGCAAAUCCCAGGUGGCAGAAGACCCCCCAGCCUGUCAGAUCCAGGAGCCGAGGGACCAGCACAGGUGAGCUGGCCAUUGCCUCAUGGCCGCAGGGCCUGGCAGCCGCUGCCGACCUGGGCCAUUUGGGGCUGUGAAGGCUGAUGGUGGGUGAGCCGUUUGCCGGGAAGAUACCCAACUUGCCCUUGACCCUG